GUGCCCCUCCCGCUCUAUCGGCGUUUUAGUGAACUGCAACCUGUUUCAAUCAUGGAGAAACAUCUUUUGAUUGCUUCUGCAAGUGCUAUAACUGCAUCGGCGUUGACGGUUAUAGCAUAUCGUUACCUUUCUAAAAGACAUGAAGCCAGUGAAAAUGUGUACGAGACAGAAAAGUUGAUCGGAGAGUACCUUAUAUUUCAUUAUGGCACCGAAGAUGAGCUUCUACCCUAUGGAUUUGGACCGAAAGAUUCGCUUGAGUUUCCCUCGCGAUGUGCGUUGGAAUGUAUAAAACAUGCUGAGGUGAGUCUUUGAUCUUAUAUGAUAACAAUGAUACGUUUUUAUUCAUAGUGUUAAACUGUCAUGUAAUCAAACCUUACGUAAAAAGCUUAUAAAAACGUGCUUGCAAAAAGAGAGAAUUAUUCUAUUCUCAGGAUUUCUUUUCUAUAAAUAUUGGAGCCAGUAAGAGGCUACAGAGCGGCAGAGAAGAAAAACUCUUCUGUCAGAAUUUUGCAAUUCAUGAUAUUUUUAUGGUCUCAUAAAUAUUGCAUGUAAGGGAAUUCAAAAUCUAGACAGUCUUGGAUUCUGGAUUACAAGCCAUGAAUUCCGGAUUCCAGGCCUACUGAAUUCCAGAUACCACUCGUAAGUGGGAUUCCGGAUUCCUUGAACUGUAUUCCAGAUUCCAAGUCCUAGGAUUCUUGAUCCCACUAGUAAAAAUUUCCCUGAAAAUUUCCUGAUUCUGCAAGCAAAAAGACAUGGAUUCCAAAAUCCGUAUUCCCUUACAAGCGUUGAGUGAUAUGCUCGGGGAGGCUAAUGCUUGUGGCAAUAAACUUUUUUGCCUUUUAAACUUUCAACAGGAUGAUGUACCAAGCAUAGCUCUGGAUAUUGGCUGCGCUGUUGGCCGGUCAACGUUUGAACUUGCCAAGAAAUUUAAUCAAGUUAUAGGUAUUGAUUUUUCCCAUGGAUUCAUAAAUGCUGCUAACAAGCUUAAAACUUAUGGAAAGUUACCCUAUACUGUGCAAACUGAAGGAAGUCUUGUCUCCCAACAUGUAGCAGCAGUUGACCCAGAUAUUGUAAGUAUAUAAGGCUUUAAAUUAUAAAAAUAAAAAAAAAUUGAAAUAAUAAUAAAUGUAAAGAAGAUCAUUGCGGUUAAGUGACAUCGUUAACAGUGGAUGUGAUGAUCUUCUUUACAGUCAAUUAUUAAUUAAUUAUCCAAAAGUUAUAUGGCUUUUAGAAAAGAAAGAGUUAAUGAUAUAAAAUAUAAUUUAAAAAUGGCACCUUCACUGAAGACUGGUGAAAUCAAUCUGCAAACUGUGGUUUUCUUCCUUACUCAAAUCCACUCAGAGAUGUUUGAGACUAGUGUAAGUAUCUAUCAGAUUUUAGGUCAUGUGUUUGCAAAAUAGAACAUCUUGCUAUUUGUUUCUCAAGUUGACCUUGAAAAUUAUCUCCUACAAUUCUUUACAAGAACAUUCCCAGAGAAUUCACACAAAACGUUUUUGGCUGUUCCUUUUUAUAAAUAAAUUGAAAUAAAUAUGUAUUAUUAUUUUUCUCUGUUACAUGUACACAUACAAUAUGAUGUAGCCACAUCAAGGGGCUAUAAAAUCAUGUGAUAAUUCGCAGUUUGCUUUGAAAAAGAGCCUUUUUUUUCUUUCUCUAAGGGAAGGCUGUGCCACUGUGAAGGGUGUGGUUUUCUAGCAGUGUAGGCUGGGAGUGGGUAAGGAAAUCAAUUGCAAAUACUUUGCUUAGGAGACAGGUUCCCAGUGGCACAUACUCAACCUUAAAAUUUACGUUAUUGCUGCCCACCUUCCCCCGUUCCUGGCCAUAAGUUAGAGGGGAUAUUCUUUAGAGCUUGAACAUUAGAGAUGGCUAUCAGACAACACUAGGGGCAUAUUUCUCCAUACAGUCAAACUCCAUUAAUACAGACACUGAGUGGGCCAUAGAAAAUAUCCAUAUUAACUGGGUUAAAUUUAGAGAAAAUGAAGGGGCUUUCUUUCCCCAGGAACAAAGAAAACUGUUCAUAAUAUUGAGAUAUCUGUAUUUAUUGGGUGUUCAUAAAGCGGGGUUUGAAUGUAUUUUCUUGGAGGAGAUAUAAAGAUGAUCUACUCAUUAACUGUGGUUUGGUACAUGUGGUUUUUCGUGUUACAUUUUUCCGAAUUAACAGCUUGCAUGACUAAUAAUUAUUCUGAUCAUUGCUAUGGGGCAGUGUUUCUCAAAUCUCAUAGAGUGACUCAUACCUGCCAACUCUCCCGGUUUUCCCGGGAGUCUCCAAGUUUUUCAUCAAAUCUCCCACUCUCCCAGUUAGAGCACCAAAUCUCCCGGAUAAAAUGGACUUUUGAGCAUUUCUGUGCUUUAGUUUGAAAUUUAGUCCAUUUUUUCACAAAAUUCGAACUUUUUUUAUUCAUUGUACAGUUUCUGGGACAUUUUUGCACAUGUUUAGUCAGUGACAAAGAUUAGUUCGCCAUUACAAUCAUGAAAGCGCAUUUUGAUCCUAUGUACAUCAUGUAAGACGUCAUGUAAUGUCCUAAGGCAAUUUGUUGGUGCGGGGGGGUGGGGUGUUGGUGCUGUUGACAUUCGGGGGGGGGGGGGUGUAGUGCAAAAUAGAGAGUUUCCAGAUUUUAGAUCUCCGGAGGUUGGUAGGUUGGUGACUCCUUAAAUACCAACUUGACACUUUUAACAUUUGUUAACUAUUUUAGGACAGAGGUCGUGUUUCCUUCUAUCAAGGAGAUGCUUGUAACUUGCCAACUGACUUAGGACAAUUUGGCUGUGUUCUUGCCGCAAACUUGGUCUGCCGUCUUCCUAAUCCAUACCAGUUUCUUGAGAGGUUGCCAUCUCUUGUAGCUCCUGGUGGUACUUUGGUCAUUACAUCACCCAAUUCUUGGAUGGAGGAGUUUACUCCAAAAGUAAGUUGAAAAAAAACCUGAACAGAAAACUUUAUUUUGAUUGAAAAAAUGAAAGCAAUUUUUACCAAUUCUGUGGUCAUUGCAUAACUGGGUUUCAAUUAAGUUAAUAUUCUUUUCUUUAUUUUACAGUCAAACUGGGAAAACCAUGAACACCAGAAAUAUUUCUGGAAUGUUAUUGUGGUGUAAGAAAAAAGCCAAUCAGGCGUGAGAAAACUAAACUACAAGCAAGAAUGUUAAUUAGUUUGUGGUUCUGUGGCUUGCUCGCAUGUCUUGAUCUUUGUUGUGAUUGGUCGUAAUACAAUAAACAUUCCUGAAAUGUUUCAAAUUUUCACGGUUUUCCUGGUCACGCUGUAAAAGUGAGGCUGCACACAUGUAACUGAAAUGGGAUUAAAAACUGUGACGUGAAAUUGAAAAUUUGAUUGCUAUAGAUAGAUGUAGGGUAAUGUGUGGCUCCAGAUUUGUUCCAUGCAACCCCUCCCCUUUGCUCCAAUUUUCCAAAAAUAGCCUCGUGGAAAAAACCCCAUCCUCUGUCCAAAUUCCUGACUUUGCACCCCCUGAAAAAUUAAUAUUUUCAUAAAGACCACCAAAAUGCAAGUGGUAAAGCUGAUAAAAUUUUCCAAUCUUAUAUAAUUUUAUAAACUUAAGUAUUUUUUUGUUAACUUUGUGCAGAAUCUUUGGCUUGGGGGCUUCAAAGAUGCUGAAGGGAAAAAUGUGACUGGACUAGAUACCCUUAAAAGGUGCCUUGGACCAGACUUUGAGCUGAUAGAAGAUAAACCCAUGUCAUUUUUCAUAAGAGAAACAGCACGUAAAAACCAGUGGACUGUAGCCCAUGCGUCCAUAUGGAAGAGAAGAAAACCUUGAUUUGACUUAACAAUGACAUUACAAAAACAAUGAAAGGACCUUAUCAGGAACUAACAUAAAAGAAAAUUUGUUUGUUUUGUUUUAUUUGAGGUCCUUCCUGCAUGUAAGUCUCACAGAUUGCAGUGCAAUAAUAAAGGACUGUCAGUUCAGAGAGUAAUGUGUACUCCCUCUGCAUUGUUGUGAGAAAACCAACAGAACCACUAACCUAAAAUAAUCUUCGACACACUACCCUGAGUGCCUGACAUCUGUUUCGAAAGUUAUUCAUGGCACCACGAUACCAUCC